AUGGUCACCAAAUUACUCGGUCUCGCCGCCGGACUCCUAGCGUUGAGCGGACUUGCCAGUGCCCAUGGCUCGCAUUCAAGCGACCAAGCUCCCUCAGAUGAUUGGGCCACGCGCCACAUGAUAGAGGAACAUCACAUCGAAUCGUUCGAUCCUCCUUCGUUCUUCAUUCUCCAUGACUACGACUCCUCGGGAACAUGGACACACGACGAAGUACGCAAGACAUACGGCCUGAACGACCAAUCCAAUGCCGCCGUUAGUGAAGAUAAGAAACAAGAUGCCGUGCGCACAGUAUUUGCUCUCUUCGACCCUGGUAACACAGGAUUCAUAACCCGGCAGGACUGGCUGGAUGGCGUUGCUGCGGGUAAACGGCUGCCCGACCUCGGCUUCGGCCCUGGACAUCAUGGCGAUAUUGAGUAUGAGUACGAGAUUCACCAUUUUGAGAAGUACCACGGUGAUGAUACCACCGAGGCGGACUUGACUCAUCCAGAGGAUAUUGAGCAUUUCAAACAACACGAUGAAGAGGAGGAUGCGGCUCUGAGGCUGGAGAAGCUGGAGCAAAUGCAGAUUGUUGCAGGCAACAUUCCUCAGAAGUUCCGUCGAAACGUUUAA